AAGCCCUGGUGGCGCAUUUUACCCCCGCAACAGCAGAGGGUGGUGGCGGUAGCAGUUGAGGUGGAAGUGGGUGGAGUUUUUAACGUGCUGCUGCCGCCGGUCUCGGAGCUGGGGAGCAAGCUCGGGCCGGAACGGCGGAGCACGGUGCGGCUUGGCCCGGCAACGAGGAGGUGGAUGCUGACUUCGGCCGGCGUUUUAUUAGAUGCUGCUGCUGCUCUAAGAAUUGCAGACAGUAUUUAGAGACAAGAGUGGAACACUGCUUCUUGAAAUGGAGGGAAUGGAAGAAACAUCUGAAAGAAUUCUUUUAGAGCCAUACAAGUAUUUACUUCAACUGCCAGGUAAACAAGUGAGAACCAAACUGUCACAGGCCUUUAAUCACUGGCUGAAUGUUCCAGAAGAUAAAAAACAGGUUAUUAUUGAAGUGACAGAGAUGUUGCACAAUGCCAGCUUACUCAUAGAUGACAUUGAGGAUAACUCAAAGCUACGACGGGGCUUUCCAGUGGCUCAUAGCAUCUAUGGAAUUCCAUCUGUAAUAAAUUCUGCUAAUUAUGUGUAUUUCCUUGGUCUACAGAAGGUUUUAACACUUGAUCACCCAGAAGCUGUGAAAGUGUUCACUCGUCAGCUGCUGGAACUGCAUCAGGGCCAAGGUUUGGAUAUUUACUGGAGAGAUACAUACACCUGUCCUACAGAAGCAGAGUAUAAAGCCAUGGUACUGCAAAAGACAGGUGGUCUCUUUGGAUUAGCUGUGGGCCUCAUGCAGUUGUUCUCCAAUUAUAAAAGAGACUUAAAACCACUCCUUAAUACACUUGGGCUCUUCUUCCAAAUACGAGAUGACUAUGCUAAUUUACACUCCAAAGAAUAUAGUGAGAACAAGAGUUUUUGUGAAGAUUUAACUGAGGGCAAGUUCUCAUUCCCAACUAUUCAUGCUAUUUGGUCCAGACCUGAAAGCACUCAGGUGCAGAAUAUUUUGCGUCAAAGGACAGAAAAUGUAGAUAUAAAAAAAUACUGUGUACAUUACCUUGAGAAUGUAGGUUCCUUUGAGUACACUCGGCAGACGCUGCAAAAGCUUGAAUCUGAAGCAUAUAAACAGAUUGAGUCACUUGGGGGAAACCCUGAACUUGUAGCACUAGUUGAACACUUAAGCAAAAUGUUCAAAGAAAAUGAAAAUUAACUAAUUGAUUUUACUUGUGGUUUGGGGAGGGAAACUUUAAAACCAGCAUGUAUUAACUAGACUGUCUUACUAAAUCGAUGGAAAGAAAAGUGUAGAAAUGAUGCUUAUUUAAAACUACUUGUAGAAACUGCUAUAUUAAAUAUUGUGUAAGUAGUAAUUGAAGGGUAUUUGUAUGUACCACAAAUUAUCUCUGCAGCUUUAAUUACAACUGCUUACAAAAUAUUGCAUAGAGAAAUAAACUUGCAUAGAUCUGUUAAGGUAAAAUUGUUAAUUUUAGUUUUUCAUGUGAAUCUUUCAGUUGUAAUCUCCACUGCACAGUCAGUGGUGUUUAUUUUAGCUAUAGAGUUUGUCCUCUAAGAACAUUGCAGGUUUAUUUUGAUUAAGAUAGUUUGACUAAGUUUCCUUAUUAAAUUGAAUUUGCUCUGUUUAGGAGCUUUUUGUGUAUUUUUAAACAUGGAGAUUUAGGUAACACUUUUUUGCAAUAUAUUCCCUGUCCUUUUUCAAGUUAACAAAAAUAGGUUUUAUUAAAGUGGACUGGAAGGAGAAGGAAGGCUCCACAAUGGUCAAUGACUUUUUCUGUACAGCAAACCAAUCUAGAUGUGUCACCACAGAGCUAGAUGUGGGGAAUAGUGGUAUAAUAGGCAAAUGAGUGUUGCCAAAUGGAUUUGAAAUUGAGUUAUUUUUAGUAUGAAUCAUUCAGAGCAUUAGCUUGGCCAACAAGGGCACAGGCAUUGUCUAUUCAAGUGGCACUAACACUCUGGUCUGAUAUACCACCAUAGUCCCAAUUUCUUGAUAGUCUCCUUUUUAGGUAAUUUAGUAAAGAGAUUGCAUCACAAGUACAAAGGAAGUAAAUACUCUGCUGAUUUUAAGUAUUAAAGCAGACUAGUUUGGUUAUAUCAAAUUAGAAGAUAUGUCAAACCUGCACCAAUAGCCAAAGGCUCGUAUUGGAUGUUAAAGCUGGCAUGCAAGUUUAAAAAACAUUUCAUUGGUGACAAGUUUCUAAAAAAGAAAAAGAUUAACUGCAAAUAGUAACAUAGCAAAUGGUCACCUAGUGUCUUUAGUUACCUCUGUGCUUCAGAUAUUUUGCC